AUGCUCGGGACCCAGGAAGACGGCGCCUCUUCAGGUGGGGAAAGCAGUGCGUCUGCGCAAAGGUUCUGGCGCCUGCACAUCCAAUCAAUGUACGGCUUUCGCACAGACUCCACUUCCCAGGACUCUCAGCGACCGGCGCGCUUUCCUAUGACGUUCAUCAAAGCUACUGCGCUGCUAGCCACGCCCUGCGGACCCUUUGCGGCCGCGCGCUGGAACGGGCCCCCCCCCACCUCACUCCGGCGCGAGCGCGUCUGCGCAGGCUCUGGACGGGGGAGUGGAGGAACGCUGGGCACUGUAGGUCGCAGGUGUGACUACGGCGGUGUCUCCGCUUCUCUCCCUUCUUGGAAGCCUGCUCUUCCUUCAGAAAGACACCCGGGAGAAAAGGGAACAACCAGUUUAUUCCUGAAAGCCAGGCCCCAGGAACUGAUAACAUUCAGAGAUGUGGCUGUGGAAUUCACCUGGUGGGAGUGGGGGCAGCUAGACCCUGCUCAGAAGGACCUGUAUAGGGAGGUGACACUGGAGAACUUCAGGAACCUGGCCUCCUUGGGGCUUCUGUUGUACAAACCACAUGUGAUACGCCAGUUGGAGGAAGAGGAAGAACCCUGUGUGCUGGAGAGUGAAAUCUCAAUGGGCACCAACUCAGACUGGGAGAGAAGAUCUAAAACCAAAGAAUCAACCCCAAGUCAGAGAAUUUUCAAAGAAGAAUUAUUUCACGCAAUAUCACUGGAAAAACACAUUAAAGAUGAGCUUUGGUCAUCCAAACAGGAAACAACCUGUGGUUGGGAUGACCAGGUAGAGAUGCAUCAGAAAAAACAAGAGAGACAUCUGAAAUAUGUGCCCGUCACUCAGAAAUCUACUGCUACCCUUAGGAGAAAUCAUGAAUUUAGGGGAAGUUUAGCUUUAAGAUCAGUACUUGCUAAUAAACACAGUGUUCCCAUGGGAGAAGGAUCCUAUAAAUGUGAUGCAGAAUUCAGACAGACUUCAGGGAAAACUAAGUCUCAGAGAAUCCAACGAGGGAAAAAAUCUUGUAAAUGCAAUGAAUGUGGGAAGUCCUUCCAUUUCCAGUCAGAACUUAGGCGCCAUCAGCGAUGUCACACUGGAGAAAAACCCUAUGAAUGCAAUGAAUGUGGAAGAGGUUUUGGUCAUAUUUCAUCCCUUAUUAAACAUCAGAGAACUCAUACUGGAGAAAAGCCCUAUGAAUGCAGUGAAUGUGGGAGAGCCUUCAGCCAGAGUUCAUCUCUUGUUCUGCAUUAUAGAUUUCAUACUGGAGAGAAACCCUACAAAUGUAAUGAAUGUGGGAAAGCCUUUGGUCAUACUUCAUCUCUUAUUAAGCAUCAAAGAACUCAUACUGGAGAAAAGCCCUAUGAAUGCAAGGAAUGUGGGAGAACCUUCAGCCAGAGUUCAUCUCUCAUUGUACAUUAUAGAUUUCACACUGGAGAGAAACCCUACAAAUGUAAUAAAUGUGGGAGAGCCUUCAGCCAGAGUUCAUCUCUCACUCAACAUUAUAGAUUUCAUACAGGGGAGAAACCCUACAAAUGUAAUGAAUGUGGAAGAGCAUUUGCUCAUACUGCAUCCCUUAUCAAACAUAAGAGAACUCAUACUGGAGAAAACCCUUAUGGAUGCUGUGAAUGUGCAAAGGUCUUCAGUCAAAUCUCACCCUUUAUUAAGCUUUAG